AUGCCGGAGAUCCGCCUCCGCCAUGUGGUGUCCUGCAGCAGCCAGGACUCGACCCACUGCGCAGAAAACCUCCUCAAGGCCGACACGUACCGGAAGUGGCGGGCAGCCAAAGCCGGCGAGAAGACCAUCUCCGUGGUGCUCCAGUUAGAGAAGGAGGAGCAGAUACACCAUGUGGAUAUCGGGAACGAUGGCUCGGCCUUUGUGGAGGUGCUGGUGGGCAGCUCGGCUGGAGGGACUGGGGAGCAAGACUAUGAGGUCCUUCUGGUCACCUCGUCUUUCAUGUCCCCUUCUGAGAGCCGAAGCGGCUCCAACCCCAACCGUGUUCGCAUCUUUGGGCCUGACAAGCUGGUCCGGGGAGCAGCGGAGAAGCGCUGGGACCGAGUCAAAAUUGUGUGCAGCCAGCCCUAUAGCAAGGACUCCCCCUAUGGCCUGAGUUUUGUGCGGCUUCACAGCCCUCCAGACAAAGACGAGGUAGAGGCUUCUCCCCAGAAGGUGACCAAGCUUGGCCAGUUCCGUGUGAAGGAGGAGGAUGAGGGUGCCAGCUCGCUGAGACCGGGGGCCCUCUUCUUCAGCCGGAUCAAUAAGACGCCCCCUGCCACAACCAGUGACCCAUCAGGACCCAGCUAUGCAGCUGCCACACUGCAGGCCUCAAGUGCCACCUCCUCACCCUCUCCAGCCUCCAGGCCAGCAGGCAGCACCUCCAAGCCUCAGGAGUCCCCCAAAGGGAAGAGGAAGCUGGAUUUGAAUCAAGAAGAAAGGAAGACCCCCAGCAAACCGUCAGCCCAGCCCUCGCCACCUGCCCGCAAGAGGCCCAAAUUGCUUGCACCCACCUCUACCCCUGCCACUGCCUCAGUCCCUGCCCCAGCACGGGGGGCAGUGCCAGGGAAGCCCCGAGGAGAAGGCAAGGAGCACAAGGCACCCCGAGCUGGCCCGCAGGAGAUGGGGAAGAUCCUUAAGGGCGUGGUGGUGGUGCUGAGCGGCUUCCAGAACCCCUUCCGCUCGGAGCUCCGGGACAAGGCCUUGGAGCUCGGGGCCAAGUAUCGGCCGGACUGGACUCCAGACAGCACCCACCUCAUCUGUGCCUUUGCCAACACCCCUAAGUACGGCCAGGUCCUAGGCCUCGGAGGUCGCAUUGUGCGUAAAGAGUGGGUGCUGGACUGUCACCGCAGGCGGCAGCGGCUGCCCUCCCGGAGGUACCUCAUGGCAGGGCCGGACUCCAGCAGCGAGGACGAGGGCGGCCCUCAGGGCGGCGGCAGCGGGGACGAAGCCCCACAGCUUCCCCAAAAGGCCAAAACCAAGGCCCCCCCACCAGCGGGACCCAGCUCACCCCUGACUCCCGCCACUCCAGAAGACACCAAACCAGCCUCCCCGGGGUCCCAGGAAGAUACCCACACGGAGGGGGAGUGGUCAGAAGGACAGGACAAUGGAGCGGAAGAUUCCGAAGACACCGAGGAUGAGCUGAGAAGGGUGGCUGAGCAGAAGGAACAAAGGCAGCCCGCUGGCCAGGGAGAGAAUGGCGAGGACCCAUAUGCGGGAUCCACAGAUGAGAACACAGACAAUGAGAGUCCCCCACAGUCUCCUGACCUGCCAAUCCCUGAGCUCCCAGACUUCUUCCAGGGCAAGCACUUCUUCCUGUACGGGGAGUUCCCCGGGGACGAGCGGAGGACGCUCAGCCGCUACGUCACAGCCUUCAACGGGGAGCUCGAGGACUAUAUGAGCGACCGGGUCCAGUUUGUGGUCACGGCACAGGAGUGGGACCCUAGCUUUGAGGAGGCCCUGAUGGACAACCCCUCCCUGGUGUUCGUCCGCCCGAGGUGGAUUUACAGUUGUAACGAGAAGCAGAAGUUACUCCCUCACCAGCUCUACGGGGUGGUGCCCCAGGCCUGA